ACUGUGGGAAUGCUAUACGGGUAGAAAACGAGGAUUCUUGAAGUUAGAAUGCUCUUGCGGUUAGCAGUUCGGUUUCAGUUGUGUAUCGGAAGCACAUUCUCGUUGUUCGUGCUUGAUGUGGAAGCUCUGGACCAAGAAAUGUCAGGACGAAUCCGAGACAGUCAAUUGGAUUACUGUUCAUACAAAGCCUUGUCCAAAGUGUCACAAACCUGUUGAGAAGAAUGGUGGUUGUAAUUUAGUUAGUUGCAUAUGCGGGCAGCCAUUUUGUUGGCUGUGUGGUGGAGCUACAGGCCGAGAUCAUACUUGGUCAAGUAUAGCUAACCACAGCUGUGGUCGAUACAAAGAAGACAGUGCAAAAAAGUCCGAGCGUGCAAAGCGAGAGCUCUACAGAUACAUGCAUUACCACAAUCGCUACAAAGCUCAUACAGACUCCUUCAAGCAAGAAUCUCGACUAAGCGAGACAGUGAAGGAGAAAGUAUCGAAUUUGGAAGCGAACGAGUCGAACUUGAGAGAUUUCAGCUGGGUUACAAACGGGCUUUACAGACUCUUCAGGUCAAGGCGGGCUCUUACAUACUCUUACCCGUUUGCUUUCUACAUGUUUGGCGAUGAACUGUUUAAGGAUGAGAUGACCGAAAAGGUUAGGGAAACGAAACAGCACUUGUUCGAAGACCAACAACAGCAGUUAGAGUCGAAUGUUGAGAAGCUGUCCAAAUUUCUCGAGGAGCCGUUCGAUGAGUACUCUGAGGAACGAGUCAUGCAAAUGAAGAUGCAAGUUCUUGAUCUCUCUGCUAUCACUGAUAGCCUCUGCAAGAAAAUGUAUGAAUGCAUUGAGAAUGAUUUGUUAGCUCCACUUCAAUUUACUACUCACAAUAUAGCUCCGUAUCAGUCAAACAUUGAGAAGGCAGGGGAGUUGACUGUUGGGUGGAGCGCCCAAUCGAGUAACGAUAAUAAAUGUCAGACUUCAACUGAUCAGUCCUAUGGAGGUGAAAAAGCAGUAAGCCAAGCAUCAGCAUCCGGAACUUCAGACGAGAAUCUUCAACAGUUUUCACGUAAGCGUGCUCGAGAAGAAAGUUCUGCAGAUAAUCUAUUCGAUCUCAACAAACCAGCAGAGGCUAAUCAAAUGAAUCCAUAGGAGUUGCUCUCUAUAUUAAGGUACAUAAAAUAACAUGACAAAGAAGUGGCGGUUUUUCACAUAUUUUGGCUCCCCCGAGGCUAUUUAUUUCCAGAUGCUACUAUGGAAGAAAAUUUAGCUCGACUAUAUAUAUAUAUAUAGUUUAUGCUCGGGCUCUUUGCAUAAUUUAUCUAUAUUUUACGUUAUAGUCCGUUGUGAUGCUUCGAUGUGUACAAAGUGGUGGUAGUUUUUUUAGUCUUUUUUCUUCGUCAGUAUGUCGUUUGCUUUCUUGGCUGCUUCAUGUGGCUGUGGCAAGUGGUACUUUUAAAAUAUAAAUAAACAUUACGCUCUUAUGUUACCGUAUUUGA